AUGGAUUCUCUUCACCACGCUAAUCGUAGUAUCACUUAUUAUGGUAUGAUGCUUCGCACACAAGUCGAAUUCCUCUGCACCGUGAGAAAAACAAUUUCAUAUGAGUUGAGAUGAUUUUGAAUUUUUCAGGAGGUCUCAAUCCACUUCACCAAUAUCCCACCAGGCCCAGCCAAUAAGAUCAUCUCGGAUGCGAUUCGAAACAUCAAUCAACUUUCGGAUGACAUGGAUGAUGCUGAAGAAGAACUUCGUGAAGAAUAUGAGAACAUUGAAUGUCUAGCAAGACAACAUUUGAUGAUGCGUGACACCCUUCACACGAUGUUGGAAAUCAAAGAAUUGGUCUUGGAUGUCAGUUGAACUCCUAAUCUAUGUACAUAUUCAUUUUUUUAUUUUCAGGAAAUCUACAUUCUUCAACAAUUCUGCAACUAA